AUGGCUGUUCACUUUAGCCUUCUGGAAGCUCCUUCAAACCUGAAGGAGUCACUUGACUGGAUAGUGGCGGUCAGGAGAUGCAGCGCAAUACCCAUGCUAGAAAAGGCUACGUACACCCUAUUAUUGCAUGGUACGCCUGUCCUUCCAGAAACAGCGAGCAUGAAGGAGGGCGACAUGUCCACCAACGUAUGCUCGGAAGACACAAAAACCAAUUGUCAGGAUAUUGAUGCUGAAAGUAAAACAAUUACAGGAAGCACCCAUGUGGCGGAUUAUGAUGUGCUCAUUAAGCCAACUUUGUGGAUUGAGAACCUUGUAAUGAAGCUGUAUUUUAUGGAUGUUAGUGCAAGAGAGGUCAAGCGUAGUGACUUAUAUCGUUGCCUUGCACAAGUUUCAACGAGAAUUCAGUUGACUUUACUAAACCUCACAAAGGAGUCAACGUAUGUUGAAUCAUACGACAAAACAGCUACUUGGCGAAAUUCUUGUGCCGGGAAUCCGUAUAAAUGUGCAGAAGUUUUCGUCUCCUUACUCAUCCGUGUCUACAAUAAUCUCAAUUUGAUAAAGCGUGAGUGUAAGCGAUGGUUAAAUUUAGACAGCAAACUUAAUGGCGCCGGCAGCCGUGCAGUAGGUGAUCUAUUUGCAUCUAUGGGAUAUAACGUUAAAGACUUUAUACCUAGAGGAACUUGUAGGGAUAUCCUCAAAUAUUACGAAACGCUAAACGGCCCACUGAUGUUCUAA